AUUCUGACUCGUUUCUUCUCUUCUAUCGGCUCUCUCAUUCUCUCUUUUGCGGUCCUCUGGAGAAAGUAGAAGAAGAAGAAGAGAUAGGCCCCAAAUUGGUCUCUUCUUCUUCCUUAAGACAACCAAAACCCAGCCUCUCUCUCUCUCGCGGUAAUUCUUCCUCUUGUGGAUAGGAGGUAUCUCAGCUCUGAAACAGGCGGAGGCGAGCAAAGAUGCCGAGGGAGAACCAAGAUAACAUCCCCAACACUCCUGCUGCAAUGGCUCCUCCAACAGCCGCUGCCGCUGCCAAACAGCCUCUGCCCGUUGCAAAGGGCCCUGAUGGCCAGUCUGUCUUGAGGAGGCUGCAGUCAGAACUGAUGGCUUUAAUGAUGUGUGGAGAUCCUGGGAUAUCAGCUUUUCCAGAGGGAGAUAACAUCUUCUGCUGGAAAGGAACCAUCACUGGGGGCAAAGACACUGUCUAUGAGGGAAUGGUCUACAAGCUCUCCCUCUCCUUCCCUAAUGAUUAUCCUUUCAAGCCUCCAAAGGUGAAGUUUGAAAAUGUCUGCUUCCACCCCAAUGUCGAUCUCAAUGGAGGCAUCUGUUUGGAUAUUCUUCAGGAUAAAUGGUCAUCUGCAUAUGAUGUGAGAACCAUACUGCUCUCAAUUCAGAGUCUUUUGGGAGAACCAAACAAUGAGUCUCCUCUCAACCCUCAAGCUGCAGCACUUUGGAACAAUCAAGAGGAGUUCAGGAAAAUUGUGGAGAAGACUUACAAGCCUGCCUAGCUCGAAUGGUUCUGUGAAUUGGUAUCACAGACAUCAUCACCUAUAAAGGAAGGAGAGAUGCGCAUUGUUGUGUUCUUCAAUUUUCUGUUGUUAAUCUUCUUUCUUUUUUUCCCAUUUUCCCAUGGAGCUUUUUUUUAAGCUCAAACUAGUAAACUUCAUAUUAAGAUUUAUAGCUUAAAUAACCAUUGCUGAUUUUUUUUUUCAUUUGUUAUUGUUGUAAAUUGAAAUGAAUCCUAUGACAUGAAUCGCCUAUAUGGAUUUUGUCAAAAUGAAUCGUAUGAAUUCCUUCUGGCA